CUCCUGACCUCCUCUUAGGUAGAAAUUAACCCGACAUGAUAUGCAAAAAUGCUGCAUAAAGUUUGCAUCAAAGUAGCUUUCCGGCCAUGUCUUAAAAUCAAAACUUAAUUUGCUUUUCCAGCAACAACGACCAGCACCUUUCUCUACUCCGUUUUUGUUACGGGGUAUGAAAUUUCCCAGAAAGCCACGAACUGCCCAACUUUAGAAAUGCACUCUGCUGCUUUCCAGAAUAAAUCACUUCCAUCCAAGGAUACGCUGCGCCAUUAUGGAGUAGACCCAAUUUCAAUUCUUAAUCAGCAAGGAUCUUUUGAAUGAAGCAGAUGAGUAAAAGGUCUUGGGCCUCAUCACUCAUCAUCGCUUUCUUCGCCCUGCUCUGGACGCGGCGGCAAGCGGCGGCGGUGGGGAAUGCAUCAUCAUGGUGUGUGGCAAGGGGCGAUGCGGAUGUGGGAUCGCUUCAGUCAGCGCUGCAAUGGGUCUGCGGAAUCGAUUCCGAAUUCUGUAAGGGGAUCCAGCAGACGGGGGAGCCGUGCAGCCCCUUCAACAACGCCACAGAUCUCGUGGAAAGGGCGUCCUUUGCUUUCCAUUAUUAUUACAUUAAGAACGACAUGGCCAGCGAGAGCUGUAAUUUCGAGAACAACGCCAAUGUCACCUCUCAGGAACCCAAUUAUCCUGGAUGCAAAUUUCCUAGCUAUAGCGACGGAAAUAUUAUAAACGGGGCACCCGGACCUAAUCCGGAUGUUAGCUAUUCAGACUCAAUCAGAUAUGGCAGAUGGGUCGUCUCAAUGGCUCUCUUAUUCACAACUCUACUCAUUCAGUUCUCUGAUGGAAGUUGAUUCUUUAAAGUUUGAUAAAUAUUACUGACUAUAUCUUUGUGUGGAGAUCGAUCGAAAUGGUUCAUAUAAAACGCUUGCUUGAUUCACGCAGUCUCUAAACAACCACAUCUACAUUCUUCCCCUUCAACAUAAUCCCGCAUUCUGCUUUAAGAACACCAUUUUUUGUAUAGUGAUGCUAUGCAGUACACAGUAUAAGUUGCCUAUUAGUUGCUGAACUUCAAUUGUUAAUAUGUACCCCGUUGAGGUGUUCAAGAG